UUUUACUUCAGGUAAGGCUGAGAUGGUGAGGUAAUAUAUCCUCGUAAAACUCAAGGAAUGGCAACAGCUGCCUCAACAGGGUCAAGCCACCUUGGUGUGACUGACAAUCAAAAACGAUGGCUUGUGGCUGGAAUUGCACUCAACAAGAUCCUCAUACCACAGAUACGUCCAUUUGUACAACAAGGAAUCAACACUGAAUACAAUAACCUAAAGACCAGCCACAAUAUCCAUGGACAGAGUACAUCUGGUCGUCUUCGGAAGUGGCCUGCAGGAAAGUUGUUGAAAUACGAGAACAUCAAUGGAAAUGAUGUUCAUCGCAGACUUUCCGAUGGGCGAUUAAAUUACUCUUUGUUUGAUUGUCGAGUGGCAUCUGAUGUAGACUUUGCAAGGCUAUAUGUUGAGAACUACAUGGCAAAAUUUACUGCCUUUGAUGAUCACUGUGAUGCAUCUGCUGUAUUGUCUUUGCUUGGUUGGGUUCCUGUAUUCUCUCAUGCAGUUCAAAGUGCAGUGGGUGAUGUCAGAAAGGCACGAAAUGAUUGGGCACAUUGUGUCUUCAGUAAAUGGGAUCCAGCUAAGUUUCAGCAAAGUUUUAUUGAGAUGGAUCAACUAGUAAGGAAUAUGACUCUGCCACAUUCAGAUGAAAGGAAACUUCUUGGAGAAUUGAAGGAUUGGGAAAUGAAAGGGACACAGCUCUGCAUGAAUUCUCCAGUAGACCCUGCAUUGCUACAACUGGUUCAACAGGAGGUUAAAUCCCUCCAAGAUAGUUUUGACAACAUGAGUUUGGAAUGUGAGGCAGAAAAAGUAAAAAUAAACCAGGAAUUGGAUAAAAUUGCAGUUUCUUUGGAAGAGAUGAAACAGAGACUGCAUAGGUUAGAGACUAGACAACAGACCUUGGAGUGUCGUGCUGAUCUUGCUGAUGGCAGAAUGGAUAAUUUUGAAGGACAUGUACACAAGAGAUUGGAGAAGCUUGAAAACAUCCAGCAAAGCAAAGAUAGAGUCAAUGUUCUUGUUGAGGAGAGAGUGAAUGUUGUUGAAGACAGAGUGCAUCGUCUGCAAGAAAAAAUGGAGGACCUGAUAACUUCCAAAGGAUCAGACUUAACGAUGUCAUGUCUAGAAAUUCCCAUUGAGACACCUGUCUUUCCUAAGCAACUGGCAGAUAUCAUCAGACGAAAUUACAAAGGUAAAGGUGCUGUACUGUGUCCAUUCCCAUGGUGUGAAGAUGAUCUGCAGCUGAAAUUGUCCAAGAUCUUUACAAGACUACAGAUAUUCAGCAAAGAGAAAGAACGAGCAAGGCUGACAGAUAAAGUUGUCCAAAUGACAGAUGCAUUCAUGCCACAUGAAGAAUGCGAGGAACCAAGAGUUGUGCUGAUUGAGGGGCAACCUGGGAUGGGAAAAACCACUUAUUGUCAGAAGCUUGCAUAUGAUUGGUCUGUGGAGUACAUAUCAGCCGAGGCCUGUUUUCCUCAAGUGAAGAUGCUACUUCUGUUGAAGUGUCGUGACAUGAAGACUGCUGACAUCGAAGAAGCUAUUGACGACCAACUGUUGCCACUUGAUGCUGACAAGAAGGAAAAAGAAAACUUCUUUCAUUUUAUUCGCUGCAACCAAUCCAAAAUCUUAUUGGUUCUUGACGGACUGGACGAAUUACCGGAGAAUCUCUUAAAAGGCCUCUUUCCCUUGAUUCAAAGAAAAAUAUUUUCUAAUACUUACCUCAUGUUAACAGCUCGUCAUGAGGCAGGCAUGAGAGUCCGACGCCACUGUGACACACUUCUCGAGAUUGUUGGCUUCACUAAGGAGGAUGCCGACAGUUACAUUACGAAAUAUUUUAGUAAUCAUGAGGACCCGAGCCUUGCUGCCAAAUUGAUUAAAAGAUUAGAUCGUGAAAAACAGCUCAGGGAGUUGAGUUCAAAUCCACUGAACACAGCCUUGUUGUGUCUGCUUUGUGAAGAUACAAAAGGAGUAUUUCCUUCAAAUCAAACCAAACUGUAUGAUCAACUUGUGUCGUGCGCUGUUAGAAGAUAUUUUGCAAGGAAAGGUAUUCCCAUGGACUCAAAGGAUCCCCUUCAAACUUUUUCAGAUAACCUGAAUCAUUUAGGAAAGGUGGCCUUUGAAGCCCUGAAGGUCGACCGAAUGUAUUUCAGCAAAGAUGAGAUGGAUUGUCAGUCUGUCGAUUUCCUUCCCCUGUGCUUUCUUUCCCAGGAAGCUAGUGUCAGCAAACUCAGACCCAUUCCUUGUUUCUCCUUCACACACAAGACCUUUCAAGAAUAUUUUGCUGCAUAUCACUUGGCCCAGGAGAUUCUUUCGGGUGAUAAAGACACAGCUUUGGCUCAGUUAGCUCACCUUAAUCCUGUCUUCAAGUACUGGCAACUAUGGAAGUUUCUCUUGACAAUGGUGGUAAGCAAGAGUGAAGAUGGCGCAGUUUUGGUUAUUUCAGGUUUGUGUGAUGCUCUCCGAAGUCAGCCAAUUGAAGAGGAGGAUGAGGAAGAAAGCGACGAUGAUUUUGACAAUUAUGUUGACAAUGACUGCGACUUCAACAUCUGUGACGACUUUUUGAAUGUUUUUCCUAGUAUUAAUCAGUUAUUCCGCUGGCCGUUAACUGAAGAUGAAAGGACGAGAGCUGAAACUUUGGAUUCUGUUUUGAAUCUCAUUUCAAAAUCUGACGGUGGUGACAAUGAACUGACUGAUGCUCAGAAGAAAAUGGUCCAAACUUUAGCUGUGUCCUUUCCAAUACACAAACUAGUCACUUUUAUUGAUUGCUCGGGUAUGCCCAGAAAUAUGCCGACUCUCUUUGAGUACCUAAAAUGUAAUUCUACAUUGACUCUCUUUUCUUGGCAUCAUGCCUGUACCGAGGCAUUACAGGAAGCAAUUGGACAUGUUCUCCAGUCUAACUGCGCACUAAAAAUUUUAGAUUUAAUGUCUAUUUCGUCUGAGGGCAUGUUUUGGAAUACAAGAAACAAGCAUGCUCAUCUAACCGCAAUACUUGCACGAGCUCUUCGUUCAAACUGCACUCUAACGCACAUCAAUUUGCGGUGUCGUACUAUCCGCAGUCCUGGAGCAAGUGAAAUUGCAAAAGCCCUUCUAUCAAAUCUUACUUUGACUCACUUAAACUUAAACGGAAAUGGUAUUGACAACUGUGGAGCUGAGGAUCUUGCUCAAGCUUUGCAGUCUAGCUGUGCACUAAAGUAUUUAGAUCUCAGCUAUAACGAGAUUGGCGACCAAGGCGCUGUUGCCCUUGCGAAGGCUUUGGAGUCCAACCGUACCCUGACUUAUUUGGAUUUAGAACAUGGGGAUUUUCCUGGAUUCAAUCCUAUGGAACUGUUUUAUUCGCUAAGAGGUCUAGACUAUAAAAGAAAAAGAAUUGGCGACGCAGGAGCAGCAGCAUUUGCGGAAACUCUUCGUUCAAAUUCUGUGCUUGCACGUUUAAAUCUCCAGAACCAUAGGAUCGGCAACGCAGGAGCAGCAGCAAUUGGCCAAUCACUUAAAUCAAACUGCACCCUAACACACCUUUGUUUGAGAGGAAACAGAAUCGAAGGUGUUGGAGUUGCCACCCUCGGGCACGCUGUUCAGGUUAACCGUGGGCUUAUAAAUUUAGAUCUAAGAUCGAACAGUCUCAUCGAGAGUGGAGCCCAAGCAGCAUCUUUUGCACAAGGGUUACGACUGAACUCUGUGCUAACACAUUUGGACAUGAGAUUCACCUUCAUAGGAACUCAUUUUGCAACUGUACUUGCAGAAAGUCUUCAGUGGAAUAGUGCUCUCACUCACGUAGAUUUGUGUGGGAACAUGAUUGACUCUUCUGGCGCAGAAGCUCUUGCAAGAACACUGAGAACAAAUCCCACCUUGAGUCAUUUGAAUUUGCGGUACAAUCUCAUUGAUGAUUCAGGAGCAGCUGAGUUUGUGGAAACUCUGCAAACUAAUAAUACGUUAAUCUUUUUAGACCUGAGAAACAACAGAAUUCAUGAGACAGGUGCCAAUAAAAUUCAUGGUUUCUUGUGUGCACUCUACAAUAUGCGUAGGUCUCGGUCUAAUCGUCGCACUAUUUUGUAUCACUGGAGCUGAUGAUUUUUGAGUGUUUGCUUUUUAUUUCCUUGCAAAGAAAAGUAGUUGUACAUGAAAGAUUUAGCACUGACUGACAUACUAAUCUAUUGAAGUAAAGCAAAUGUCAUAUUUGGAGUGUCCUUCCCGACACAUAUGAAUAGUUAGAUGGCAAGCGAAGGGUUGUUUCUUCGUAACAUCAUACACUAGCGAGCUUUCCGCUGUUUAGUAGACGCGGGAAAAAUGUUAUUUUAAUUUGUAAAAUGAGCGGCUUUCCUAAAAUGUAUGAGAAGAUGUCUCUAUGUGAUGCUUUUCCAAAUAUGAACUUAAAACGAGCUAUUCCACCAGUAACCGUGUUUUUUGUCAUUUUGUGACCAUAAAGUGUGGUUAACCCUGUG